UUUUCCUAUUUUUUUUUUAAUAACACAAUUGAAAUAAUAAUAUAGCGAAGCUUUUGGGGGGAUAAAUGCAAAUUACUGUCCCCACACAGUCUAAAUUGAGAAGAAAUGGCGUUAGCUCCAUCUCUUAACUGUAAAAUCUCCCAAGAAUCAUUUUCUCGUCGCAUAAACUCUAAUUUCACCUGCAACCGGACACAAAUUCCCACGCGAUUCCCUGAAAAUUACCCAUUCUUCUCAUCUUCCAUCAGCGAACGAAAGCUGCGACGACGUCGUUCCUUGGUUCGAACCAGUUCAGAAGACGACCCAGCUCAAAACAGUUCAGAGGAUGAUGAAGGUUAUAGUCUAGGCGUCCAAGCAGCACUGUGUGUGCUCAGGUUCUACAAAAGAGAAAUAUCGCCAUUGUUGCCGAGAAGCUGCCGGUAUGUCCCAACUUGCAGUGAAUACUCGAUGAUUGCCUAUAAAAAAUAUGGUGCCGUGAAGGGUAGCGUGUUGACCGUUUGCCGUCUGUGUCGUUGCAAUCCUCUUGGAGGGUCUGGUUUUGAUCCCCCAAGGUGGUUUGACGAGCCGAGUCCACCCGAGCUGUGAAUUUGUGUCGGUUGAUUUGUGAGUCUUUAAUGGCUGAAGAAUGGUUUAAUUGAAGUUUAUAUGCAGCAGAAGGUUUACAAUCCGAAAUCGCUCUUUGCUGCUCAAAUUGUAACUAUUAUAUGUACUGAAGGGAAACAUUGUAUUGGGAAAUCUGUUUCAUAUUGCAUUUAUGCAUCUAAUUUUCAGGUCUGUGAUGAUCUCUUCUUAUCAUUUCCUUAAAAAUUGCAUUUUUAGGCCAUAAUGCAGUAAGGCUUGUGUUAGAUAGGUUUAACAGUUAGACCAAUAUACUUUUUCAACAUACAGUAUAUGCAUACAUUCAGGCUGAAAUGUCGAACAAUGAAAGAUUUACAGCUGAAUGAUCAAUACAAACUACUGACCAAUUUUGUUUAUCUUUUUCAACAAUAAAAGAAGAGAAUUUUUUUUUAUUUUAUCUUUUUUUAUACCAAUUUGCCUAAGCACAUCAACAAACUACAGAAAUCUGAAUGAUCAAAAACAGAUAUACAGCUGAAUAAGUUUUCUGCAGACAGCAGCAAAACUCAGAACUUCUUCCUUACUUUCUCCUCAGACGGGUUUCCAGCACGAAAUCGCGUUAACUAUCCUCCCUCUCCACCCGAGCAAAACCCACUUACUCUGCUCGUCGAUCAGAAAAUCCUUGUGGAAGAACAUCUUCACCUUCUCCAUCGCGUCCCGAAUCUCCCGGUCGAACGCCACCUGUUCAAACCCGGCCCUCAUAUUACGAACCUGCCACUGCUUAUACGUCUCGGGCCUCUCCACCCUCUCCCAACCCUCGCAAGCCACCACAUUGAAAGCCUCCUUCCCAAACAUCUCUUUUUCAAUGAGGGUCCUUUCGGUAAUUUCACGAGGCACGCAGGCUUCCAACAUGUCGAACAGAGCCGAAAAAUGGUAAAGAACCUCACGAAACCGGGUCAAGAAAAACGGGGCCCCGUAAGUCCCGUUCACCACACCAUGGAUAAAAAUGUCCGGUUUUAUUUUCCGGAUUAAAUCGAGAACCUUAGUCCGUGGGCAGCUCUCUGCCAUGACUGACUCGUCCGGCAAGUUUUUGCCUCGGUACAUGCAUGUCACGGCCAAAUACUCGUCCUUCUCGAUUUUCAGAUCUUCGGGCCGAAUGUCCUCCCAUUUCCGAGCAAUCGCAUUGUACUCAAACGGGACACCGAAUUUCUCCGCGUAACGGGCCAGCAUCCGGCCCGUAUCCUCGACCUGCUCCGCGGGCCUGAAGCCCGGUUGAGGGAAAUCGAUGCCCGUGAUCUUAACCAUCGGGGGCCCGUUCUCCCGCUUCGCGAGGCGCUGGAUGAAGGUAGGCCAUUGGAAUCCGCACAAUAUACCGAAAUCGAUGACGUGGACUUUGUGGGCCUUUCGGGACUCGUUGAUUAUCGUACAAAUCGAUGCGAAAUUCGAGAUUUUUUUAAACGGGGCCGACGCAAGAGACGUGUAGUAGGCCCGAAGGUAAUCGGAGGCCUUUGUUUUUCGAGCGGCGAUCAAUUUGUAAAUCGGGCUUCGCCCGCCGGCCAAACGGGCCUCGAGGGCAUCCGCGAAAUAGUGGGCCAGCCUCUGGCUGGCGUCGCCACCUGGCGACGAGUGCUCCCGGAUCUUUUUCAGAAGCUCGUUUGCGGUGCGGUUUUCAUCGACUGCGAUGGCGUGCGCGCAGCUGAUGAGAAGUGCCUGCAAGUCGAUCACUUCCUUUUUCUUGCUCUGCUUCUUGGCCUUUCGGCUCGGUUGUGGCUUAUCCUUCUUUAGAGCAUUUUUUAACUCCUCACGGUAAGCACUAUAUUUCUCUUGACCUUCGCCCAUGGAGUUGAGCAGCAUCGAGUCGAAUUCGCCCGUGAGCUUGUCGAUAUCUGUGCCCGGGGAUCGUAUUUUGCUGCUUCUUUCAUCGUUUUCCAAUUCCGGUUCAUUAUCGACAUUGUGCCGAUUUCUCUUAGCUCGAAAAUCGGAUUCUUUUACAGGCUCGCCAACAAUAUCAUGAAUACCCAAAUCAAAUCCAAUAAACGGGCUGACCCGACCCGAAUUGACUAUGUCGAUCAAGUACCCACCACAAUCGCUGCUGCUGGAAGACGAGCUAUAGGGGUUGCUAAAAUCGUAAUCUGGGCUCUGGACAAAACGGGUAGGGUCGGGUCCGGGAGAAGGUGGGUACCGUUUG